GCAUGAUCCGCCUCUCUCAUUGGCCGAACGGGAGACGAUCGGCCAUUGCCAAUAGCGCCCAUCAUGGUCUCGUAACAUUUUGAUGCCAUGUCGUCCUUGUUCCUCGUUCCCCUUCGCUUUCCUCUCCGAUGCGUGGCGUCGUCCUCCUUGUUUCUUUUCUUCACUGUGUUCAGUCGUCGUGGGCGUUCAAGUUUGCGAUCGCGCGUCCGCCCAAGGCUUCUUCUUCUUCUUCCACGGGCGGCGACAAUAAUCUGAUUAAUAAGGGAGAUCAGCGUUACACGGCCAAUAUCACUAUUGCCGGGACUGUUGUCAACGUCAUCCUCGACACCGGCAGCUCCGACCUCUACGUCCAUCCCCCCGGUGGUCUCUCCUCCAACCUCUUCAACGACACUCGAAUCCCGGCUAAUCUCACCUUCGGAGACGGGUCCGACUUCGUUGCAGGAGAAAUCUGCAUCGCGAAAUUUGAGCUCGGAGGGGCGGUAGUGCCUUUCCAAGCUUUUGUCAAUGUGCAGCAGGAAUCCGCCGAUAAUCAAGCCGACGAGGCGGAGGCGAUCUUUGGGCUGUGGGGACUCGGCUUCAAUACCCCCGGCGCGUCCGUGGUGAUGACGCGCUUGCUCGCACGUAUACGCAAGUCGAAGACGCAGAUGGAGGUCGGGGACGAGUCUCGGACAAGCCGGUCCGUGAUUGACAGGUGGCGCUUGCGAGAGAACGCUCACUCCGAUCUUCGUCGAAAUCUUCGGGAAGAAAUCUUCGUUGCAGUACACGACCCCACCACCGUUUCCUUUGACGACGAGUCUCUCUUUGACCUUGUACCCGAUCAUCUUUCACGACACAACAAUCUCUCGCCACAUUCCCCAAGUUCGCCAAGUUUAGCUUGGCUAUUCAACGCACCUUCGACACCUUCGAAUCCAUCUACACCUUCGUCUCCUUCUACCCACACUCCCCCGAUCAUGGCCAAUCCAAUUCCGAUGCCGGCUCGAGGAGAUCGCAAUGCUCCAGUCUUCGAUUCGUCGAGGCCACAUGAGCUGCGUCGCUACUUCUCUGAUCUCGAAUUCCUGCUGACCCGUUCCGCUGUCACGGAUGCCGCCGAAAAGAAGGGCCACGCAGUUCGUUUCCUUUCGGUCGAUGAUCAGGAGAUCUGGGAAGGAUUAGCGUCCUUCUCAGAUGUGAGAAAAUCCUACGAAGAUUUCAAGGCUGAAGUACUUGGCCUUUACGCUGGCAACGAUGCUGAUCGCCGGUUCAGUCUUGAUGACCUAGACCGGCUGGUUGGACAAACGUCUCGGGUUGGGAUUCAUACAAAAGAGGAUCUCACCUUGUUCUAUCGCCAAUUCCUCCACAUAACGACGUUUUUAAUCAGCAAGGGGCGGCUCUCUGUAUCUGAGCAGAGCCGUUUCUUCCUGCGAGCAAUGCAUCCGACUUCGUUAGCUGCAGCUGUCCGGCAACGGUUACAGAUCAAGAAGCCCGAUGUGCAUCCCGAGGAUCCAUACGAUUUAACAGACCUUUAUGAUGCUGCUAAAUUCGUUCUCGCAGGAUCGUCAAGCUCGUUCCCGUCGUUGCCAUUGCCUUCGCCAAAGGCUGAGGUUAUGGUGAAGCCUGAUCCAGGCAUUUCUGCGCUUGUCUCGUCGGUUUCAGACCUUGUGCGCAUUAUCGCGGCUCAGCAAUCGACUCAGCCGGCUGCUCCGGUGACAACUGCACCUGCUCCUCGACGCCCACGGCCCGAUGGCUGUGGCUACUGCAGCGAACUGGAUCAUUUUAUUGGCCAGUGCCCACACGUGGUUACAGAUACCCGUGCUGGGAAGUGUCGGCGAAACACGGAUGGGAAGGUUGUACUCCCAUCCGGUGCUUUUGUUCCUGGUUCUAUUCAGGGACGCAACCUACGAGAGCGCAUCAGCAAGUGGCAUGAGGCGAAUCCAGGUCAGACUGCAGCCGCGCAGAUGAUGCUAGAAGUUACUCACCAAAAUAUGUUUUCCUCUUCGUGUUCGGGCCCGGAAAUCGCGCGAACAUUUACGCUGACGGAUGAGGAACGCAUGGAAGUGCUGAAAGCCGAAAUGUAUCAGCUCCAAACGCGUGCUCAGGCAAAGCGAGCCAUGGAAACAAGAAAUCAGCCUGACGCACCUGAUCGCACUAUUCCAGCUCCGACUCGCAAUUCCCCGCCUCCAGUGCACGCUCCUGUGCCUGCCCCGGUUCCACCGACCUCCGCACCUCUUCCGUCAACUCAUCCGUUCGCCGCGGCUCGUGAUGGCGCAUAUGCGCCUCCGAAACAGCGAAAUCUGGGUGUGCCAGCUGCAAAAGCAUUACCCCCCCGUUCUGCGGCGCCCAUCUACAAUCCCAAGGACGCAGCAACCGUAUUUGAUAGCGUUCUCGACACACCUAUCACCCAGACGCUCCGGCAAGUUCUGUCAACAGCUCCCGAAGUUCGUGCGCAGAUGCGCGAAGCUACGAGUUACCGCCGUGCUCCGGCCAAGACCGGCGAUGUCGCUCCGCAGUUCUUCAAUGCUGCAUCUGUCGCGGUCGCUGUGGAGACGGAGGCAUGGCCGUACGAAGACGAGGAUGCGCUGGACCAGAUGCUGCAUCAACAGCGAGAUCUUGAUGCACAUCUGGCGUCAAUCUCCGAGCAGUUUCCGGCUGCCUAUGCUAACGCGUCGAGGCCGCCUCCGCAGGAUGCUUGGGUCGUGCCGGACGAGUUUGCGUAA